AUGGCUCUCGCAGCGUUUUCUCUCAGCCUCAUCACGCUGGCGCUGACAAACUUGCACCUUUCGAGAGCCAGCAACCGGCAUGCGGUGUACUGGAACAGCUCAAACCUGCUGCUUCGACGGGAGGGAUACACGGUGCAAGUCAGCGUCAACGACUACCUGGACAUCUACUGCCCGCACUACAACACCAGCCAGCGGGGGACGCUGGAGCGCGUCAUAGCCGAGCAGUACAUCCUCUACAUGGUCAGCUACCGCGGCUACCGCACCUGCGACCCCCAGCUGGGCUUCAAGCGCUGGGAGUGCAACCGGCCCCACGCGCCCCACGCUCCCAUCAAGUUCUCAGAGAAGUUCCAGCGCUACAGCGCCUUCUCGCUGGGCUACGAGUUCAACGUGGGCCAGGAGUACUACUACAUCUCCACCCCCACCCACCACCACGGCCACAGCUGCCUGAGACUGAGGGUCUUCGUCUGCUGCUCCACUGUCUCCCAGGCGGAUGACGACUCCAGUCAGACUUCUCCCGACUACACAGUCAGGCCAAACAUCAAAAUACACAACAUCGAUGAAUUUAACCCCGAACUUCCCAAGCUGGAGAAAAGCGUCAGCGGCAGCAGCCCAUCACGCGACCGCCUUCUUCUCACCGUGGCGAUGCUGCUCGUGUCUGCCGUCCUCUUGUCCUAG